AUGGUGGGUUCAGAAGGGUUGCAGUGGGUUCAGAAGGGUCAGGAUGAGGUCAGAAGGGGCAUGGUGGGUUCAGAAGGGUUGCAGUGGGUUCAGAAGGGUCAGGAUGAGGUCAGAAGGGGCAUGGUGGGUUCAGAAGGGUUGCAGUGGGUUCAGAAGGGUCAGAUGAUGCUAUGCUCGGUGCUGGAGCAGCACAAGUUCUGUGUGCUGGAGAUACAGGAGCACUUUGAGACGUACUCAGAGCGUCGCGAGCAUGCUGUGGAAUGUCUCGACGGAAUCAAGUCCUCGCUGAAGCUGCAGUCACUCGGCGAGACCAUGCACAACUUCUCCGGAGAGGAGCAGAGAGUGGAGAUGUGUCGAUCGCUCUACAAGCUCCACUUCCAGCUGCUGCUACUGUUCCAGAGUUUCGCAAAGCUGAUAUCGCUGCUGCAGACUGGUUGCAAACUUGCACAGAUCAGUGAUUUCUCGCGCGACGUCUCCUGCCUGCAGCAAGAUCUACGUAAGGCCAUCCACGACCUUGAACACGGUCACAUCGAGCACACGUCGCCGCUGCCCCCACUCGACCUCAUGACCUUUGACCAGAGCCUCGCCGAGUGUAACUUGGCUGAGCAGCUGUGCAAGGGGAAGCUGAUCGGAGCGGUGAAGCUCUUGCAUACCUACAGCAAGUAA